GUUGGCCGGCUCCUGUCUCAGUUGGACAGUGACAGCUCAUUGGGAAUUAGACCUGAGAGAGACCGCUUGGGAUUAGUGAAGGCAAUUGUGUGAGGUGUCUUUUUUUGGUUUUGCAGUUUUGCUUCAGUCAGGGGAUUGGAAAUAGACUGAGGUUCGCACAGGACUCUGGGAGUUGUAGUUUCCCACCCCUGGCUGUGAGGCCCUUGUCGGCGGCUGCGGGCCCGGACUCGGCAAUGGCCCCAUGAUUUCGUGCGUGUUGUAGCCCGGACGCCGGAGCAAAGGGGAAUAAGUCUUCGACCCGCGGGAACAUAAAGCCAUUGAACGAGUAAACUCUGCCCGUCACAUGGUGAUAGCAUGGCGUGUUUCGCAGAUUUAAACAUCGUCAAUGUGGGCGAUAGAAAACGAAUGCAAACUAUCAUAGAAACGGCGGCGCAUCUUGGUUAUUCAACAGUUGCAAUUAAUCAUGUGGUUGAUUUUCAACAGAAAGGGCAGGAAAUUACCAAUCCAGUAUCCAUUGCUGAGCUCUUUCCAUCUCCACCUAUUGUGCAGGGAAAAUCAAAACCAAUUAAAAUUGUGACCAGACUUACUUUGAUUGCCUCUGAUGUUUCUCAUUAUAAUCAAUUGAGAACUGCUUACCCUCAGACCAUGCCAUAUGAUAUUAUAGCUGUGGAACCCAAAACAGAAAAGUUGUUUCAUGUGGCCUGUAUGACCUUGGAUAUUGACCUAAUUUGUAUUCAAGGGACAGCAAAACUACCAUUCCGUAUCACUCGGCCUCCUGUGAAUGGGGCUAUUGCAAGAGGAAUUUACUUUGAACUAACAUAUUUUCCUGCUAUUAAUGAUUACACUCUGAGAAGAUAUACCAUUUCAAAUGGAAUCUGCCUGAUGAAUGUAUGUAAAGGAAAGAACAUAAUUGUGUCGAGUGCAACUGAAGAGUUUUUGGGACUGAGAGGACCAUAUGACAUUUCUAACUUCGGGAUGCUUUUUGGCCUAUCUGAAGGAGAUGCCAAAGCUGCUGUAUCAACAAACUGCAGAGCUGUCCUUCUGCAUGGAGAAACCAGAAAGACUGCAUUAGGUGUGAUCUACACUGCAAGGAAAGUUACAGCAACUGAAGAAAAAGAUGAAGGAAGACCUCGUUCCAAAAAAGCCAAGACUGAAAAUAACCAAUGAUGGGAAGAAAACCUGGGCUAUUGCCUAAAUUUUAUUUGCUUUAUAACUAUGAAACUGUGUCCAUAUUUUUUCUGAAUAAUGAUCUAACAGCAUUGUGUUGUUGAAGUUACUUUCAUAAUUAAUAUUUAACAUUUCAGUCAUCAAAAGUGAACUUAAGAGUUCAUUGCUAAUUAGGUUCUAUGACCUGUUAAAUGCCUGUGUUAGCUCAAAUUACUGUUCUAUCAGUUCUGAAUUCCAAGUUGUGAGGAAAUUCAAAGAUACAUACCAAUAAGAUAGAAAAAAGUGAAUAAAAUCUUUUCAUAAGGACCACAUUUUGGUAUGGUUUUAUCCUGCAAAUUUUCAUUUGUGUUCAUUCUAAGUGGAUUUAGGCAAAAAUAUACUCAUUAUCAUUCGUGCAAAAAAAAAACUUCCAUGGAUGGACCAUGGAAAGGGUGGAAGUUAUAGUCAGUAGAUGCUGUGUUUGCUCCCCCUUCCCUUAGAACCAUUUGGUGUCAUUGACCCAAAGUUGGGGAGAGGCAGCAUUGUUCUAUAACGUACUUUCUCAUUCUUUGUGUUGAAAUACUUGUGCAUACCAUAAAGAAUUAUUUUGAUGUGUGUGGAAAAUUCUUAAUGUACCAUUCAUUCAAUAACUAGAUCCAUCUCUUGCUAUACGAACGCUCUUCAACAUGGUUCAGUAUUUACAUUGCAGGCAGUUCAUUGGACAUUUCAUGCAGACCAGAUUUUUAUACCAAAGCUUCUCAAUGUCAAGACAAGACCAGGCAACAUACCUCAGACACAUUUACUUAAUUCUGUGUCUUGUUGGAUAAACAGCAUCUUCAUGCAAUUACACCUCUGAGUCUUCAUGCU